AUGAUUAUUAUUUCUGGAGAUCAAACUGGAGUUGAAAGAGCAGCAUUAAAUGCUGCUUUAAAAAAUAAAUUGGAAAUUAAUGGUUAUUGUAUAAAAGAAAGAUUAGCAGAAGAUGAUAUUUUAUCAAGUAAAUACAAACUUAUUGAAUUAGAAACUAAUUCAUAUUCAACAAGAAAUGAAGAAAAUUUUAAAAUAGCUGAUAAAAUGCUAAUUCUAAAUAUAUCAAAUAUAAAAUUUGAUAAUGAAAAACUUCCUUUUAUUGAAGGAAAAGAAUCAAAAACUAUUGAACUUAAAGAAGAUUUUGAAGAAAACAAAGAUAAAAUUCCUUUAAUUGCUACGUGGAUCAAAAAAGAAAACGUUCAGAAGUUAUUUAUAACGGGACAAAAACAAAGUAAUAAUGAUUCUGUUGAUAUUUAUAAUAUAACAUACACUUUCUUAGAUAAUUUAUUUAAAAUUUUAAAGAAAGCUUAA